UUGGAGUAAUUGAUUUCGCAACGCUUCAAAUGGGAAGUCGCGGAUGCACCUGAAACUUAGAUAUCAGUUUUACCAAGUGUAAAAUAUCUACUGUAUUCAUUUAAAAUCAGAUAUUAGUGGAACUUUAAUACAAAACUCCGCUUUGAAACACAACAAUAAAUCUCCACUUGAAAAUUCCAUAUGCUAGUUACAUAACCAAUAUUCAAUAAUAAAAUAAUUUCAUUAAGUUCAGUAUUCACACUUAUAUCCUUUUUAUUGGUUAAAAAGGAAAAAUUCAUAAAAAUUUGAUCAAGAGCAUUUCCUCAAACACAAUUGAGACCUUAAAUACAAACAAAAGAUCUAACAUAAUGUGACAUAAAUCAUUAUCUUCAAACAUUCAAAUCAUCUUACUAUAAUCUAAUCAUGAUCAAACUAAAUAUUAGAUCAUAAAAAUCAUGAAUUACAAAUAAAUAGACAUAAACAUAAUAAAAAUUGAUAAAAAUAUAAGAGAUAUAUGAUGAAUAAACAAUGACUAGAGUAGUGUAUGAAGAUUAAAAUCAAUCCAAACACAUAAAUAUUUUGAUGUUGAAAGACAAAAUUUGGGCAAACAUAAUAUGUUUCCAGUACUUUAGUAAAUAAGAAAAUAGAAAGUCACAUUUAUCAAUGUGGUGAGCUAAAAUUCAUCUAUCAAAUACAAGCUAGAGUUAAGAAGAUUAACUACGGAUGUAACUUGGUUUUAUUAGAGGUUGAUAGCGACGAAUUCUGUAAAGAUAGGUCUCCGUUGUUUUUUUUCAGACAUUCCACAUCUAUGAAGAAAUCAUAUGAAACUAUCUUAAUUAAAUUAUUAUGAGAAGUGUUAUCACUUGUUAUUUUUAACGAUAUUGAUUAUUUUUCAUCAUAAUUUUUGUAAAUCGUUACCAGUUGUAUGCAGGUAAACCACAUAUCAAGGUAUAAAACGCUAAACCUUCCAAAAUACUACAUAUUUGGAGGGUUGGUAUUUGUGUCUUUCACUCAUGCAUACAUUGAAGAUGAUGUGAUUUAUGUCGGUUGCGAUUCUCUCCUAUAUGAAACAUAAUCAAAGGCAAAAUAAUUUGAAACUAGAGAAUAGUACUGGUCAUGUUUUAUCAUGUGCGUUAUUCUGUUUGUUAGAACUCUAAAUGAUUCUUUAUUUAACACUUAUUAUGUUAUCUUCUAUUGAUUCAAAUUUUGAAGUUCCAAAAGUUCAAUCAUGUGAAAUAAUUUGUUUUUUUAUAUAAGUGUUGAGAGAUGAUAAUCAUGACAUUAGUCAAGAUUUUAUAUGCUUAAAAGAUUUUCUGGUAACUACCAUAUCUGAUACUUUUUCUUAGUUUUUAACUGAACCAUUUAGUUCUUUGAAAAACUAUAUACUGGAAACAUAUACAUAAGGAAUGGAUUGAAAGUGAAAAGUCUUAAUCUCAUUGAGCUCGUAGAGAGAUGUUGUAUUGAAUAUUUAAGAAUGAUUUACAAGAGGGAGAAGUGUGAUCCUCCACUAUGAAUCCACCAAAAAACAACAAUUGAGAUUUUGGAAUGUUAAAGCAUUUUCUUCUCCAACUCUAAGAAUCUCAAAAAGGCAGUGACUAAUUUUGGGUUUUAUUCUAGAUUUGUAAGUUUCUAAAGUUAUGAGUAUGAUUUUAAAAUAACAUAAAAUGAAUGUUUGGUGUAUUUUUGUUGACUUAAAAUUAUUUGUUUUGCUAAUUCCAAUUUAUGUCUCUGAAAACCCAACCAAAAAUCCCUCUGCUUCUUUGUAAAUGACACUUCAUAAUCUUUUUUAUGUUUCAAAAUACUUGACGUUUUCAGAAAACUAUGAAAAAUAUAAUGACAUAUUCUCUAUGUGCCUUUGUAUUAUUCUCUUAGUCAACAAACUUAAGUUUCAAAAUGGAACAACUCUACUCUACUCUAAGGUGUUUUGCGAAAGAUGAUAGUCGAUUGAUGAAAAAAAUAGAAAAAAAUAUUGUACUAGAUGCCUUAUUUUGUGUGAAAGUUAUAAACCUCAUCUUAAAAAAACGAAGGUAGUAACAUUUUAUUUCAUUUGGUGCAUCUCAGUUUUGUUUUUCACUGAAUCCAACAAAGAAAUGAUGUCAAUUCGAUUACAACAACAUUGGAAAGUGAGGAGGAGUUUGAAUCGAAGCUUUGAUGAGGAUUGAUGAAUGAAUUCCAGCGAGAUUCUGGUGAGAAUCGAUGAAGAUGGCAAUGUGUGAAAAGUUUGUUAGCGAAUGUAUAGCUCUGAUACCAUAUGAGUAAAUAAUAUCAUUCUCAUUAAUUAGUAAAAAUGUACAAGUGUGUGUUUAUAUACAUAUAUACUUGACUCAAGACUAAACCAAUCCUAUAAACUGAAAUCUAUGACUCUAUUUACAUUUGGUUUACACAAUACCAGAAUACAAGGACUCCUCAAUAUACAGACUCGGUAUGUACAUUAAUAUAUAACAUCCGUUGCAUAAUUAAUAUUUUACGUGUAAGUUAUAUUUAUACAACAUUAAAUUUCAUUUACGAUGGAAACAACAAUUUUAUCUCCUUCUCUACCAUGGAGAAUCUGCCUUAGAACUCAACACAUCCUCUGCAAAGGAUAUUGAAAAUGUCAACCUUAUCACCAAGAUACACAUAUGCGAUGUCGUUUGGAUCAACGGGGAUACUUUCAGGAAAACUCAUAAGGAGAAAACCACUGUCAAUCGAACCGGAGGAUCUGAGCCUACAUGGAAUCACUCCGUCAAGUUUUCCCUCGAUCAAACGUUAGCCCAUGAAGGACGUUUAAUUCUCAUCGUGAAAUUUGGAGAAGUCCAAGUCCCAGUUCUUAAGCUUCUCAAUUCGGCAUCUUUUAACUGUGAAAUUAUACUUACUUAACAAACAAUGGUAGAAAACUUAAUACUGAUAGUUAUGAUAAUUCCGGUUCAGGAAGAAGAAGUUUUAAUAGCAGCACACCGAAAAGAAAUCGAGGAUACAAUGGAGAUUGUUCGCGAGGUAAUAAACAUAACUAAGUGACUAUUAGAUUCUAGAUUAUCAUGGCUUUGUUAAUUUCUUUUACAUAUCUUGAUUAGGAAAUAUUGAAGCUUCUAGCGGAGGUGGACCAACCAGGAAGCAUGAUAGAAAACUACGUAACGCAACUGAGCUUUGUCUUGUCCCGGAAAGCAGCGGGGAAGCGAGACUUGCUCGGUUCCAACACCGUCUCAAGGAACAAGAGAUGCUGAGCCGUAAGAGAGUUCCCCCCCCAGUAGUUGGUUGAAGAAAAUAAGCUAAAGAAUGACUUUUAUGUGGUGUUGUCAAGUGUGAAAGUUGCUAGGGACGCAAUGAAUGAAGAAGAGAGUGAAAUUUUAGUUUCAGUUUCAGCAAACAAAAUGGUGAUCUCUUCUUGAAUCAUGUAUUGUGAAUUUAUUUAUUUUUUAUUUUUUAAAAUCUAUUAUAAAAUUAUACCUUUUGUAUUUCUUAUUUUUCUCUAACUAUCCUUUCAAAAAGUGGCACAACAAUAGUAGUGUAUUGUUUUUAUUUGAUAACUUUAGAUUCUUGGGAUGAAACAUUAGUGAGCACAUACGUAAAGCCCAAGUGUAAACCCAAAAGUAGUGAAAUGUGAUUAAAUUCUACAAACCGGAUAUAACCGGAGGAAACCAAACAAUUGGUAGUUGAUUUCGCAACGGUUCAAUGGCAAGUCGCCGAUGCACCUGAACUGAAACUUAAAAUCCAAUCCUCCGAUGUUUCUAAGCCUUCUCGACUCAUGUAUCCGAUCACAGAACCUAAUCCUAGGCCAAAUCAUUCACCAGCACCUUCUCAAACGCUCCCUCACACUGACUUCCUCCACCGUGCUCGUCAAACUAACCCGCCUCUACGCAUCAUGCAACGAAGUGAAACUUGCACGCCACGCGUUCGACGAAAUUCCUCACCCAAGAACCAAUCCCAUCCCCUGGGACGUGAUGAUCAGAUCCUACGCAUCGAACGAUUACCCGGAAAAGGCUUUGGAUUUGUAUUACAAUAUGCUGAGCUCUGGCGUUAGACCCACGAAGUACACGUACCCUUUUGCCCUGAAGGCGUGUGCUGCUCUGCGAGCGAUUGAAGAUGGUAAGCUGAUACAUACCCAUGCGAAAGGUAGUGGAUUUAGUGAUGAUUUGUAUGUGUGUACUGCCCUGGUCGAUUUCUAUGCUAAAUGUGGAGCACUAGAUAUAGCAAUCCAGGUGCUCGACGAAAUGCCAGAGAGAGAUGUUGUUGCUUGGAACGCUUUGAUUUCUGGGUUUUCUUUGUGUUCCGGUUUAGCUGAUGUUAUUGCAUUGUUUAAGGAUAUGCGUAGAAGAGAUGGGCUGAGCCCUAAUUUAUCCACCAUCGUUGGGAUGUUUCCUGCGUUAGGAAGGUCUAAUUGUGCUUUGAAAGAAGGAAAGUCACUUCAUGGGUACUGCAUAAGAAUGGGGUUUAGUGAUGAUGUUUUUUUUAAGACGGGAAUCUUGGAUGUAUAUUCGAAAAGCAAGUGCAUUGUCUACGCGAGGAGAGUUUUUGAUUCGGGCUGUUUAAAGAAUGAGGUGACGUGGAGUGCUAUGAUUGGAGGCUACAUAGAAAAUGAGAUGAUGAUGGAAGCUGGGGGAUUGUUUUUACAGAUGUUGGGUGAUAGAGAUAUGGCAGUUGUGACGCCGGUUGCCAUUGGGCUUAUUCUGAUGGGUUGUGCGAGGUUUGGAGAUGUGAAUGGAGGGAGAUGUGUGCAUUGCUACGCGGUUAAAGCAGGCUUUAUCUCAGACUUAACCGUUGGAAACACUGUGAUUUCUUUUUACGCCAAGUAUGGAAGCUUGUGUGAUGCUUUUAGGCAGUUUAGUGAGAUUGGCUUGAAAGAUAUAGUUUCUUAUAACUCUCUUAUCUCUGGCUGUGUGGAGAACUGUCGCGCCGAAGAGAGUCUGUGUCUGUUUCGUGAUAUGAAAUGUUCUGGAGUUCGUCCAGAUAUAACAACGUUGCUUGGUGUUUUGACCGCUUGCUCUCACUUGGCUGCUUUGAGACACGGUUUCAGUUGCCACGGGUACUGUGGUGUUCACGGCUAUGCUGUUAAUACAACCAUUUGUAACGCGUUGAUUGAUAUGUACACAAAGUGCGGGAAACUCGAUGUCGCCAAGAGAGUUUUCGACACGAUGCAUAAGCGGGAUACAGUUUCGUGGAAUACUAUGAUGUUUGGAUUUGGAAACCACGGCCUUGGCAAAGAAGCUCUUUCUCUGUUCGAUAGUAUGCGGGACGCAGGUGUGAGCCCAGACGAUGUGACUUUUCUUGCUCUUCUGUCUGCUUGUAGCCAUUCAGGACUUGUGGAUGAAGGGAGACAAGUGUUCAACUCUCUGACUCGCGGAGAUUUUAGCUUCACCCCAAGGAUAGACCAUUAUAAUUGCAUGGCUGAUCUCCUAGCUCGUGCCGGAUACUUGGAUGAAGCGUAUGAUCUUGUCAACAAGAUGCCGUUUGAGCCAGACGUUAAUGUGUUGGGUACACUUCUCUCUGCUUGUAUGACGUACAAGAGUGUGGAGCUUGGGGAUAAAGUGUCGAAAAAGAUGCACAGUCUUGGAGGAACAACAGGAAGCUUUGUUCUUUUAUCCAACACCUAUUCAGCUGUUGAAAGAUGGGAAGAGGCAGAGAUUAUUAGAACGACUCAGAAGAAAACAGGGCUGCACAAGACCCCGGGUUAUAGCUGGGUUGAUGUUUAACUGAUAGAUUGGUUUGAGAAUUCGUGGAAGUCAGGCACUGUCGCAAUUUAGCUGG